AUGUCGGAACAAACGUACAUGUACGCGUAUGUAACUCUGCCUCGCCAUGACCAGAGCGAAUGGUACUCUCGGAAAUGUUAUCGAGACGGAAGACGUGUGGUGUUGGCAAACUACGACUUGAUGGGAUCAAAGAGUUUCAGUUUCAAAGAGAAGCUUAGGAAGUCUGUGAAAGGAAUAAACGAGUCAGCCGAGCGGUUGGUUUUGGAUGUGAGGCAAGGUACAACCAAAAGACGUUUCGCGAUUAGAGUUUUGAGGACAAAACUUGGUUUCUAUUCUUGCUUCCUUACUAGUAUUAGACGUUUUACUUCUUGCUUUGGGUCAUAGGGAUUUAUAAUUUCAUCAUGUUAUUAAUCAUAUCAGAAGUUAU